UUCUCUUCUAUAUAAUCUCCUCGAGCUCCAUGAGAGUUCCCGCAAAUCAAAAAGUUUUAGUAGUGUCAACUUCCUAGCCUUCCAUACAAUUUCAGCUCCUGCAAAAGCAAGCUUCUCCAUCAUCAACAGCCAUGGCGAAGCUGAGUCCUCUGUUGCUACUCUUCUCCCUCGUUUGCGUCCUGACCUCGGUCGCCCCGGCGCUCGCGAGGCUGUCACGCUCCCGUGCCUAUAUAGAGAUGUCAUGCCAUGCGACCCGGUUCCCCGACCUAUGCAUCCAGUGCCUCUCCGGCUAUGCCAACGGCUCCAUCCAGAACCCGCAACAGCUCGCCCAAGCCGCCCUCGCCGUGAGCCUCUACAAGGCCACGUACACCAGGGCCUACAUUAUCAAAGUGGCCAGGGACCUCAAGGCGAUGAAGGCCCGCGACUACCAGGCUGUCAAGGAUUGCGUGGACCAGAUCGACAACGGCAUCGACCAGCUCACGCAGUCGAUCCGGGAGCUGCGGCGGCUCGGCCAAGAGACCGUGGGCGACGACUUGUACUGGCACAUCAGCAACGUGGAGGCUUGGGUGGGCACCGCCCUCACCGACACCACGACCUGCCUCGACGAGUUCCCGGGGAACCGGAUGGGCAAGACCAAGGCCGUGCUCAAGGGGAAGGUCCUGAACGUGGCCAUGGCCACCAGCAAUGCCCUGGCCUUGUUCCACAGAUUCGCCGUCAAAUACGGGGCUCGAGCCACCACGAAUCCGUGAGGGCUUUACUAAAAAGAUAGAGAAGUGUUUUGAGCAUCAAGGGUUCGUUUAUUUUUUAAAUCUUUUCUUGACUCAUCAAAUGUUGUUGGGUUAUGGGUUGUCUUCAGAAAUUGUAUAUCAAACAGAUCGUAUGAAUUCUCAUGCAAGGCAUGUGAAUGUAUGUCGGGUUUUGUCCUCCACUUUGCAUGGAAUAUAAAGUAUGGGUGUAUGGAA